AUGGCAGCAGAUCGUCUAAACUCUAUUCUCAGUCACCUGAAGCCGACAGGCAAUAGUGGACUCGCCGCAAUCACUCAAAAGAACCCAGACGAUGUAGUCAUCACCCUUGCGCUGCGCACGCCCCUCGCAAAGGCCGUUAAGGGUGGAUUCAAGGAUACAGAGCUGGAUUACAUCCUCUACGCACUGUUGAAGGAAGUGCUCUCUAAAUCUAAGCUGGAUCCCGCUUUAGUUGAGGAUGUGUGCCUGGGAAAUGUCGGCGACGGCAAAGCAGCCUACCUCGUCCGCGCUGCCUCCCUCGCAGCCGGCAUCCCUCACACUGCCGGUGGAUCCUCCGUGAACCGCUUCUGCUCGUCUGGUCUGAAGGCCGUACAGGACAUCGCGAAUCAGAUUCAGCUUGGAGCCAUUGAUGUUGGUAUCGCUGUCGGUGCGGAGUUGAUGUCUGCUGGUGGCGACCGGCUGCCGCGUCCGUUCAACGAGGAGGUCCUUCGCAACCAGGAAGCGGCGGACUGCAUGCAGCCCAUGGGUCAGACGUCGGAGAAUGUUGGUGCGGACUUCAACAUCACGCGCGAGCAGCAGGACAAGUACGCUGCGGAAUCUUUCCGUCGGGCAGAGGAGGCUCAGAAGGCGGGCUGGUUCGAUGACGAGAUCGUCCCCAUUACCACAAAGGUCAAGGACCCGAAGACUGGGGAGCUGAAGCAGGUUACGUUGACGAAGGAUGAGGGUAUUCGCUAUGGUACGACGCCAGAGUCGCUGGCCAAGAUCCGUCCUGCUUUCCCGCAGUUCGGUAAUCGGAGCACGGGAGGAAACUCGAGUCAGGUUACGGAUGGUGCCGCCGCUGUUCUUCUCAUGCGCCGCUCCAAGGCUAUUGAGCUGAACCAGCCCAUUCUGGCCAAGUUCUGCGGUGCCACCGUCGCGGGAGUGCCGCCCCGGAUCAUGGGUAUUGGUCCCACGGCAGCGAUCCCCAAGCUGCUGUCCCAGUUCAACUUGAACAAGGACGACAUUGACAUCUACGAGAUUAACGAGGCCUUCGCCUCCAUGGCUGUCUACUGCCUUAACAACCUUGGUCUGGAGCACGCCAAGGUGAACCCGCGCGGUGGUGCCAUUGCCCUUGGCCACCCUCUGGGCGCAACGGGCGCACGCCAGAUCUGCACGAUUCUCAGUGAGGCGCGCCGGACGAAGAAGAAGAUCCUGGUGACAAGUAUGUGCAUUGGCACGGGCCAGGGUAUGGCGGGUUUGUUUGUGAAUGAGCAGGUGUAA